UAAAUGCAAACUAGCUCAUGUUGCAAGUAUGAAAAGAAUUAUUAUUUUUUCUAUAUAUGUUCUCCAUAAUGCAUAGUUAUCAAAUCAAGGUGCUUUAAUAUGUUUUGCAUAGAAAUGUGUGGAAAGUUUUUAAGUGCAUUAAAUAGCCAAUCCACCCAACCUCUCAUCUAAAACUCAUAAAUAAGUAGUAGCCAUCUCUUACAAUCUCCAUUCUCACUUCAAUUCAUAAUAUUUUAGUCCAAUUGUGUUUGAAAAAAGUGAAAGAAAAAAAAAUUCCAAUGAUUAUGGGUGAUUUGACACAAAAAAAUGUUGUGGAGAAUGAAAGUUUUGGAAGCAAUAUGGUUGAGAUGAUGUUGAGAUUGUUGCCUAUGGCUCUAUGUGUAGUGGCACUUGUCAUCAUGCUUAAGGAUUCUCAAACCAAUGAUUUUGGUUCACUUUCUUACUCUGAUCUUGGGACUUUUAGGUACUUAGUACAUGCAAAUGGAAUAUGUGCAGCUUAUUCACUUCUAUCAGCUAUAGUUGCAGCUCUUCCUCGUCCUACAACAUUGCCUAAAGCAUGGACAUUCUUCCUAAUUGAUCAGGUGUUGACAUACAUAAUAUUGGCUGCUGGAGCUGCAUCAACAGAGGUGUUAUACUUAGCAUACAAAGGGGAUACUGCUGUUACAUGGAGUGAAACAUGUGGUUCAUUUGAUGGUUUUUGCAAAAAGGCAACUUCAUCUGUGUCCAUUACAUUCAUUGUUAGCCUUUGCUAUGUUGGGAUUUCAUUGCUUUCAUCUUACAGACUUUUUAGCAAAUAUGAAGCACCAAUUGGACAUUACAAUAACAAAGGAGGUAUAGAGAUAGCUAACUUCUAGCCUAUGUACACUUCAAGAAUGUAAUAACUAUUGCUUUCUCAAUUUCAUUUAAGUGAUGGUGUUUGACUAGUUCGAGCUGAGGGCCUAUCAAAAACAGCCUAUAAGGUAGUGGUACGACCUGCGUACAUUCUACCCUCCUACCUAGAGUGAAACAAGUGGUUCUUUUGGAGGUUUUUGCAGAAUGUAAUAACUAUUACUUUCUCAAUUUCAUUUAUGUGAUGGCGUUUGACUA